GUCACGUCACGUGGGUCACAAGUUGAGCCGCCGCGAGUGAAAGCUGCCCCCGUUGCUGCUGCCGUGAGCGCUUCCCGCCAGAAUUCCUCUUGAGUCGCCGAAUUUGCAUGAACAUUUUUAUAUUUAUUGCUUUCAUUCUUCUGCUUUUUCUUUAAGUUGCACCUUUUUUUAAUCUGUAGUAAUUGGUAAUGUUCGCCGUUUAAAGCGAGGCGCGCGCACGUUGGGGUGGUUGUGGGGGUUGGGGGUCUUGCGGCGAAUGGCUCCGAAGCCUGAACCCAAGCCCAAGUUUCAGGAAGGAGAGAGGGUUCUUUGUUUCCACGGGCCCCUGCUGUAUGAAGCCAAGGUUGAAUGUGUGAAGAUCGUGAUAAAAGACAAGCAGAUCAAAUACUUUGUUCACUACAAUGGAUGGAACAAAAACUGGGACGAGUGGGUCCCUGAGAGCCGCGUGCUGAAGUACGUGGAGGCAAACCUGCAGAAGCAGAAGGAGCUGCAGAAGGGAAACCCGGGAUUGUUUGACCUUACUUCACCACACUGCAAAGGGAAAAAGAACAAACAAAAAGGCGACGGCCCUGGCCCCAGCGAGCCACCCAACCCCCCUCCCUCGCAGGUUCCUCGCAAGAAGCGCGCGCGGGUGGACCCCACAGUCGAGAGCGAAGAGACGUUUAUGAGCCGCGUGGAGGUGAAGGUGAAGAUCCCGGAGGAGCUGAAGCCCUGGCUCGUGGACGACUGGGAUCUCAUCACGCGCCAGAAGCAGCUAUUUCACCUUCCCGCGAAGAAAAAUGUCGAUUCCAUCCUUGAAGACUACUCCAAUUACAAGAAGUCACGGGGGAAUUCGGACAACAAGGAGUACGCGGUGAGCGACGUGGUGGCGGGGAUCCGCGAGUACUUCAACGUCAUGCUCGGCACGCAGCUGCUCUACAAGUUCGAGCGGCCGCAGUACGCCGACAUCCUGGCCGACCACCCCGACGCGCCCAUGUCCCACGUCUAUGGCGCCCCCCACCUCCUGCGCCUCUUUGUUCGGAUAGGCUCCAUGCUGGCCUACACUCCUCUGGACGAGAAAGGCAUGGCUCUGCUUCUCAUCUUCCUGCACGACUUUCUCAAGUACCUCGUGAAAAACUCUGCCGCCCUCUUCAGCGCGAAUGACUAUGAAGUGGCCCCACCAGAGUACCACCGGAAGGCCGUAUAAUAAUCCAAGAGUGAGAGGAGGCAAAGGUCGGACAUGAUGGAGCUCGGAGCGAACAUCUCCUCUCGGAGCAUUUUUCCCCAUUUAGGAAGGAUGCACUUAAAGCGUCAUAUUCACUGCAGCAUAUAUAAAGCUUUGAAGUGUUUUAUUCAUAAGCCUUUACAUAAGGGCUCUUUAUAUAUAAAAUGCAUUAUUGUUUCCGUGCAUUAAUUUGUCACGGCUGAAGCUGUGUGCAUGCAAAUAGAUUAUACUGCUUCGUGCCACCGCUUCGUUUCCAUAGAGAGAGGCAGAGUCUGGGGGGCGAGCGCAGAGGUUGAAGGGAGUAUGGUGGUGGGGGGGAGGUGUAGAGUUUGAGGAAGGGCGUUGCGAACAAUGACGUGCUUAAGAGAAUUCUCGUUGCAUACCGUCGUUCACAUCGUCUUGUUCUUCCCGUGUGACUGGCUGGUGGUCGCAGACGGGACCGGCAGCCAGCACCGCGCGCAGUGCAGCCGCUGGCCGCGUAGACGCCAUGGGCGAUCGUUUUAGACAGACGCCACCCGUCGCUAUCGUUUGGAAGAGGCAGUCAUGUCGCUUGGAGAUGAAAAUGGCGAAAUAUUGUAUUGAAUCACUGGGCGACGCGUGGCUUUCAAGUUUUGCAAGAAAGCCUCCUGUUUAUUUUCUAAGCCAAUGUUAUCACUGUCACUAAUAUUAAAACAAUAAAUAGGCCUCUUCGUUAGGGGAAAAGUAAAUAAAGAAAGCCUCACGGACUAUGUCCAUAAUUAUUUCCACUCUUUUGUGCCCUUUAAGAUAGGUCAUCGCCUGAAACGUUGACUUGUUACCUAUACGUUCCUCAGUUGUGAGGCAGCGUUAAUAGUGUGUCUGGCGGGUUUUUUUACAUCUGUGCUGAGAAUAAAACGUAUGGUUGUAAACUUAACGUUUAACUCGGGUUUUCACGGCUUAACAUCGUUAUUGUGAUGUUUCUGUGUACAGUAUUAGGUUCUCACAAUGUAACUUUACAGUUAAUAAACACGAAGUUGAUGUCUUCCAAA